AUGUGACCACUAUAACCUAUUAUCCUGCUUGUAGCGAGUGAUUGUGGGACUUGUAGUCUUUACUAACCUUGUUCUAUUGACAGAGAGUAUUUACUGUACUCGUACCCGAUACUUACUGUGGCUGCCCUGAGAACAUUAAGGAUGCUCACAGCCGCGUCUGCAGAUAGGAAUAAAGAGCCGAUUCUACAGGUGCUACAGCAGUAUGUCAACCCGACUGCCCCAGAGGUCUGGGCUCUGGAGAUAGCCUCAGGUACCGGGCAGCAUGCUGCUCACUUUGCCCGAGCUUUACCCAACCUGCGCUGGGUCCCAUCAGAGGUAGACAAGCAGUGCCUGGAUAGUAUUUCUGCGCAUAUCUCACAUUUGUCACUCAAAAAUGUGCAGCAGCCUCAGACAUUGGAUGUCUCUACUAACUGGGAGACCUGGGGAAUGAAGGCUCACUCAUUCCAGCUCAUUGUCUGUAUCAAUAUGAUCCAUAUCUCCGAUCCCAGCUGUACCCAGGGUCUUUUUAAAGGGGCAGGAAACCUCUUGCAAUCUGGUGGUGUGCUCCUCACUUACGGGCCAUAUGCCGUAAAUGGGAUUCUGACUCCGCAGAGCAACGUGGAUUUUCACCUAAGCUUAAAGAGGAGGAACCUUUCCUGGGGUGUUUGGGACACAUCUGCACUGCAGAGUUUGGCAGAGACUUCUGGGAUGACACUGGAGCAAAUGGUGGACAUGCCAGCUAACAAUAAGUGUCUAAUCUUCCGUAAGAAAUGAGUGGACGCAGCUCAUGGAUGUGCCUUGCUGUUAGUGUAGUCCGAAAACUUUAGUGCCAAUGAGAUGAAUAUCCAUAAAGGAAACAUACAUCAAAUGUGUGUGUAUAUAUAGCUGUUUACAUCCAGGUAUACCUCGCUAAUACGGAGCUGAAGCUGAAUUUCACUACAGUAAUUGUCACUGCUUUUCAGGUAUUGUACAGUUUUUAUUGAAUAGUAAUUGAAGACUGUAUUUUGCUUGCGUUAAACUAUUGCACUAAUUCAAACGUUUUCACGUUUUUAAACACACUGUCGAGUGAAAAAAAAAAAAAGGAAAAACCACCUUGUUUCACUUUAAGGCGUUUUUUGCUUAACAGCAAUUUGCGGCCCCUAACCCGCUGUAUUAGCGAGGUAUGCCUGUGCUUGCAUAUAAAAGGGUAUGUGUGUAUGCCGUAUUUCCUGAAUUCUUUUUUUUGUAUAUGUUUAUAUUGUUGUAAUUUUUAUUACUAUUAAAAAAUAUUUGGACUGAGAA